GGAUUGGUCGGUCUUAUCUUGCUUCCCCUACCUAACCUUACACACUGACAGCACAAAUCUUUACAUGUGUAUCUAACCACAUUGAUGUUUCUUUUUGUCAAAUAAAAAUGAGUCAACCUAGUUCUCCACCAGUGUCUUCUGAUAGACACGAUACAAUGACAUCUCCUGCUCCUGAUUUUGAUGAACCAUUUGAAGAUGAAAGUCAUCUACUUGGUGAUGAACCUGAUAUCAUUGAUGAAGAAGAUGGAGAAGAGUUAUUUGGAGAUAAUAUGGAAGCAGACUAUCGUCCUAUGUCAGCUCUUGACAGAUAUGAUCCUGACAUGGUCGAUGAUGAAGAAUAUUCAGAAUUAUCACAAGGUGAUCGUGCUGCUGCUGAAGCUGCAAUGAGAAAAAGAGAUCGCGCUGCUGGUAUUAUUAGACAUGAUCAAGAUCUUCUUUAUGAUGAUAGUGAUGAUGAAGAUCUAUCUAGGAAACGUCGCAUGGCAGAAAAAGCUGCUGCUGGAGAAGUUGAAGAUUCUGAGAUGACUGAAUCUAUUGAAAAUUUGGAAGAUACCAAAGGUUACACUGUGAAAGAAUGGGUAACUAUGCUUGGCCCUAGAAAUGAAAUUGCAAAUAGAUUCAAAAACUUUUUAAGAACUUACACUAAUUCCACUGGUCAUUAUGUGUACAGAGAACGAAUUCGUCGCAUGUGUGAAAGUAACCAGUCUAGUUUCACAGUGGAAUUUGCAAAUUUAGCUAGCAAAGAGCAUGUACUUGCAUAUUUUCUGCCUGAGGCUCCAUUCCAAAUGUUGGAAAUAUUUGAUGAAGUUGCUAAAAAUUUUGUUUUGAAUAUUUUUCCUAGUUAUGAAAGAGUUACUUCAGAAAUACAUGUAAGAAUAUCAGAAUUACCACUUAUAGAAGAAUUACGAACUUUUAGGAAACUGCAUUUAAAUCAACUUGUGAGAACAUUGGGAGUUGUGACAGCUACAACAGGAGUUUUACCACAGUUGUCUAUUGCAAAAUAUGAUUGUAGUAAGUGUGGGUAUAUUUUGGGUCCUUAUACUCAAACUCAAAGUCAAGAAAUUAAACCUAAUAAAUGUCCCGAGUGUCAAAGUGUUGGACCAUUUAUGGUGAACAUGGAAAAAACAAUAUAUCGAAAUUAUCAAAAAAUAACUAUACAAGAAUCUCCAGGAAGGAUAUCUGCUGGUCGCAUUCCUCGUAGCAAAGAUUGUAUUCUUUUAUCUGACCUUGUUGAUCGGUGUAAACCAGGUGAUGAAGUUGAUGUUACUGCCAUUUAUACCAAUAGUUAUGAUGGAGCUCUUAACACAGAAGAGGGAUUCCCAGUAUUUUCCACAGUUCUUUUGGCAAAUCAUUUGCAUGUUAAGGAUUCUAAAGAAAUUGUAGAUUCACUCACAGAAGAAGAUAUAAACCUCAUUUUAAAACUAAGUGAAGAUCCUCACAUAGCAGAUAGAAUUGUUGCAAGUAUUGCACCUUCAAUUUAUGGGCAUAAGUUUAUUAAAAGAGCACUUGCUCUUUCAAUAUUUGGUGGUGUAGCUAAAAAUCCAGGUAUGAAACAUAAAGUUAGAGGAGAUAUAAAUAUUCUUAUGUGUGGAGACCCAGGGACAGCAAAGUCACAAUUUCUUAAGUACACUGAAAAAAUUGCUCCUCGAGCUAUCUUCACGACAGGUCAAGGUGCAUCUGCUGUUGGUCUUACUGCUUAUGUAAGACGAUCACCAAUGACACAAGAAUGGACCUUAGAAGCUGGUGCUUUAGUACUCGCUGAUCAUGGAAUAUGUCUCAUUGAUGAGUUUGAUAAGAUGAAUGAUCAAGACAGAACAUCUAUUCAUGAGGCUAUGGAGCAACAAAGUAUUUCAAUCUCCAAAGCAGGUAUAGUUACCUCACUCAAUGCAAGAUGUGCUGUGAUAGCUGCAGCUAAUCCAAUGGGGGGAAGAUAUGAUGCUAGUGUAACAUUUAUUGAUAAUGUAAAUUUGUCAGAACCAAUCACAUCUCGAUUUGAUAUCUUGUGUAUUGUCAAAGAUGAAGUUGACCCUAUGCUAGACCGGCAUUUAGCUAACUUUGUUGUUAAUUCGCAUAUCAAACACCAUCCUACGAAUUCAGAAAAAAUUGUGCCAUCCCAAUUGAAGGAAUCUGCUGAAAAAAAUCCUAACGAUUUUGAACCUUUAGAUCAAGAAGUUCUAAAAAAAUAUAUAGUUUAUGCAAAGCAGAAUGUACAUCCAAAACUCAAUAAUGUAGAUCAAGAUAAGAUAGCACAAUUAUACAGUCAAUUACGACAAGAGAGUUUAGCAACUGGAAGUCUUCCUAUAACUGUUCGACACAUUGAAAGUAUUAUUCGAAUGGCUGAAGCCAAUGCAAAAAUGCAUCUUCGAGAAUUUGUAAAAGAAGUCGAUAUAAAUUUAGCAAUUCAAAUGGAACUUGAGAGUUUUGUUGAAACACAAAAGUAUUCUGUUAUGAAAUAUAUGCGCAAUCAAUUCCAAAAGUAUUUAACAUACGAAAAGAAUCACAACGAAUUAUUGUACUUUGCACUUCGAGGUCUUGUAUUAGAUGCCAUUGCAUUCCAAAAGGUUAUGCAAAAAAGUCACAUUACUUCAGUUGAAGUUCCUGAAAAAGACUUGUUGGAAAGGGCAAAACAGUUCAAAGUAGAUAAUCUGACAUCAUUCUAUGAAAGUAAUAUAUUUCGGUCAAAUGAUUUUAUUUACGAUUCAAAGCGAAAAGUUAUCAUUCAAACCCUGCCAGUCAUCAAUGAAGAUUAGUAUCAAUUA